AUGCGGUCAGCUCUGGAAGAGGUUAUCGAUAAAGGACGUAGUCUGGCAAACAGUGGAAGAAUGGAGCUUGACACACACCUAGCUAUCGAAAAGCUUGAUGAUAUCGUCGACGCUGCUGAUCAGUUGGACAUGGAGGUGGAUUCGCAUAAGUCGCAACUUCAACCUUUACUUGCUCAAGCUGAUGCUCUGGAUAGAGAUGUAGAAGCUGCCGAAAACGUUGUUGACGCCCUUAUCUCAAGAACUCUAACAGAUCCUGCAAUCGCAAGGGUAAACAGCAUUUAUUCACUUUUUAGACCAUAGUU